GACCCAUGUUAACAUGAAGCGGAAUCUUUGGUUGUAUUAAGUGGUCAUGAAAACAGAGCAACCAUGUGAAACAGAGGCAUUGCUUGGGUUAUCAAAAAAGCAAUUCAUCCAGUUCAGACCUGUAAGAAUGUACAAUUUCUCCUCUUGCAGCUGAAUUUUUCUGAGAACAACAAAAAAACUGAAAAACAUGUGUUGUAAAAGCAAUGCAUCCAGUUCAGACCAGUAAGUAUGUACAAUUUCUCCUCUUGCAGCUGAAUUUUUCUGAGAACAACAAAAAAACUGAAAAACAUGUGUUGUAAAAGCAGUGCAUCCAGUUCAGACCAGUAAGUAUGUACAAUUUCUCCUCUUGCAGCUGAAUUUUUCUGAGAACAACAAAAAAACUGAAAAACAUGUGUUGUAAAAGCAGUGCAUCCAGUUCAGACCAGUAAGUAUGUACAAUUUCUCCUCUUGCAGAUAUUUUUUUUUUCUGAGAACAACACAAAAACUGAAUAAACAUGUGUUCUAAAAUAGUAACCAAUCUAUGUGAAAUUUGCUUCACUGUACGAAUGGGACGAAAGAAGUUGUCAGUAGUAUUUAAAUGUUAGUCAUGGUUUCUUAUGGAUAACAUGUUGGUAUGCAAAUGGGUAUUAGAACAAAAAAUAUUAGUGCUUUAGGUUCCUCUAGGCUGUUCCUGUUCUUCUUCAGCUCACUUCUGUCACAACAUUGUUGUGCUGAAGUACUGUAUGAGAUAAAUCCUUCACACUCUUUAUCACAGGGACAAACUCUAGUCUCCCCUGGUAGGAUUUUUGAAUUGGGUUUCUUCAGUCCUAGUGACUCUGCUAACAAGUAUGUGGGGAUAUGGCACAAGAAUAUACUACCCCGUAAAGUUGUGUGGGUGGCCAACAGGGAAAGGCCUCUUGCAGUUACAGGCUCAUUGGCGAGUUUGAGAAUUAGCAGCAAUGGGAGUCUGGAGCUUGUAGACGGGAAGCUGAACUCUGUGUGGUCAAACAAUGUUACUAUACAGGUUUCAUCGUCUAAUACUAGCUCAGUUGCUGCAGUUCUUUCAGAUGAUGGAAACUUUGUUGUCAAAGGAGCUGGUGAAUCAAUAUGGCAGAGCUUUGAUUAUCCUGGUGACACUAUGCUACCAACCCAGCGGCUUGGAUACAAUACUAAAUCUAAAAAGGGACGUUUCUUGACUGCCUGGAAAAGUGAGAGUGAUCCAUCUAGUGGGAUAUAUACAGUUGAAGGUGGACGGGCAGCAGAGACGCCAGCACAAGUGAUCAUUUGGAUUAAUCGAUCAACUCCCUUCUGGAGAAGUGGGCCAUGGGAUAAAUCAAAGUUCAUUGGCCUGCCAGAUAUGGAUGAUGGAUAUCUUAGUGGAUUUAAAGGAGAAGAGAAUGUAGAACAGGGAACACAGUAUUUCUCUUAUGAAUUAUUUGGCAAUCUUGCAGCAUAUCUAGACGUCUCUUCACAGGGAAAGUUGAAGCUCAUGUAUGCAAGGAAUGGUAGCAACUGGUCAGUCUACUGCGAUGCACAGAAGAAUCCAUGUGACAUCUAUGGAGCGUGUGGGCCUUAUGGGGUCUGCAAUGUUUCUGAAUCUCCAAUCUGCAAGUGUUUGAAAGGGUUUGUGCCAAAGUCAGACCUGGAAUGGAGCAAAGGAGACUGGACCAGUGGGUGCGUACGGAAAACCGAAUUGUUCUGUGAGAGACAAACAAAUAAGAAGUCAGUGCCAUUGCAAGGAACACAAGAUGAUAAUGAUGAUGGGUUUUGGAAGAUCACACGAGCGAAAGUACCAGAUUAUCAUCAGUACAUUACAUCUUUGAAUCUUGAAGACGAUUUCAAUGACUGCAAGAUACAGUGCCUAAAUAAUUGUUCAUGCCUGGCUUAUGCACAUGUUAAUAAUAUUGGGUGUUUGGUCUGGUCCAAAGACCUUAUUGAUAUACAGGAAUUUUCCAAGGGGGGAGUUGAUAUUUAUAUUCGCCUUGCACGCAAAGAAUUAGGUGAAGAAAAGCCAAUUAAGUUGAUUGCCAGCCUUACAGCUAUUGGUUUAGUGAUUAUCUUGGUUGCCAUAGUGUUUGGUUUGCACAGGUUGCGAGCUAACCAAAAGGAAUCGAUUCCAUCUUCUAGAGACACUCUUCGAAUAUAUAUUGGAAAACAUGAUCCAUCAGAGCUAUUGAUAUAUGAUUUUGAUACCUUAUUAACUGCUACAGACAAUUUUAGUGUUACAAACAAACUCGGGCAAGGAGGCUUUGGUCCUGUUUAUAAGGGGAUGCUACAAGAUGGAAAGGAAAUAGCUGUAAAAAGACUAUCUAGUAGCUCAGGACAAGGCAUUGAAGAGUUCAAGAAUGAGAUGCUGUUGAUCUCCAAUCUUCAACACAAAAAUCUUGUUCGGAUGAUGGGUUGCUGCAUUAAAGAGGAUGAGAAGUUACUUGUUUACGAGUUCAUGCCAAACAAAAGCUUGGAUACGUUUCUAUUCGAUCCGAUGAGGAGAGGAGAGCUUGAUUGGGAUAGACGCUUUAAUAUUAUUCAGGGUGUUACUAGAGGACUUCUUUAUCUCCAUUAUGAUUCCUAUGUGAAGGUAAUACAUAGAGAUCUGAAAGUCAGCAAUAUUCUCCUGGAUGGGAAAAUGAACCCAAAAAUUUCAGAUUUUGGAUUGGCACGCAUAGUUGAAGGAUCACAGUGUCUAGAAAAUACUCAGAAGGUUGUGGGGACACGUGGCUAUAUGUCUCCGGAGUAUGCCAUGGGUGGGAUAUUUUCUGAAAAAUCUGAUGUCUACAGCUUCGGAGUAUUGGUAUUGGAGAUUAUUAGCAGCAAGAAGAACAACAACUUUUUUUUAUAUGACCAACAGCUAGGCUUUCUAGCCUAUGCAUGGAACUUGUGGUAUGAAGGCAGGGGAUUGGAGUUGGUGGAUGAAGAAUUGGGUGAUUCAUAUUCCUCAUCAGAAGUACUGAAAUGUGUGCACAUUGGGCUUCUUUGUGUACAAGAUAAUGCUACAGAUAGACCAACGAUGAAGGAUAUAGGUUUAAUGCUAAGUAGCGAGAAAGAUGGUUCACAACCUAAGAGGCCUGUAUUCACUAUCCAAAACUCAUUUUUUCAUCCUCAACUGCAGUAUGGACAUACUAAUUCCUCCACGAAUGAAGCUACCAUUACAGUGAUUGAAGGACGAUAAGUGACAGCAAAUCGCUACACCAAAAUGCAAUGACUUUUGGUCAUUCUGAAGGUUUUCUUUUAACUUUUUUUCUCUGAUGAGAGUACAUGGAGGUUCCUAGAAUUAGAUACUGGCGAGGAACUUGUUUGUAUACUUUACACUGGUGCUGACAUUGUUUUCCAGCGUUAUAUACGUUGUUCUCCAUAUUUGAGAUUGCAACAAAUCCUCCUAUAUUACUAUAUAUGUAUUGUGAAUUGUUGUGCAA